AUGUUAGUCCCGUUUGCUGAUAUUUGGCCACUAAUCUUUGCGUUGCCUGAGCUUUUAAGUCUUCCAGCCAAGAUGUUGAGGAGUGUUGUUUUUCCAGCCCCUGAUGACCCCAUCAAAACUAGAAGCUCCCCAGGGUUGGCCUUGCCAGAAACUGAUUUUAGGAUCUGCGUCUCCUCACCUUUUUUUCGAUGACGUAACUAA